AAACGGAAUGCAAAAAUGCCAAAAACAUUCACCAACAUAGAUCUCUCUCUCUCUCUCUCUCUCUCUCUCUCUCUCUCUCUCUUAUAGAUCCCACUAUUCUCUGUUAACGAUUUCUCUCUAUCUUUUCAACCCAUUUCCGAAUAUCUUUCUACAUUCUCUCUUUCUCUCUCUAUCUACUUCGGAAGACCAACCACUCUUUGAAUCCAAGUCUUUGCAACUUCAGUCUCCUCACCGACUUAUUUACAGUGAUUUUUUUGCUUUCAAGGGUUGUUGCAGAGUGGGUUCUUGAUUUACCCUUAAGCUUGCUUUAAACUUUCACUUUCUCAUUUUUGUUGCAAUCUUUCUUCUUAAUCUUUCUUUAAGCCUCUCCUGAUAAACCCACAUUUGUUUACUUCGGUUUAUCCUAAUUUCAUUCUCUCUUUCUUGAUUAACCCAUAUCUCCAACUCGUCUGUUUCUUUUUCCUUUUCCUGGGUUUUCUUCUUUUCUUGAUUUCUCGGGGACUUCUUGAUUCAAUGAGUUCUUUGGUUACGAGGUUUGAGUGAAAUAACGAUGAGUGAAAAAAUGAGACCCUUUGGUUCACUUCAACUAGUUUGGGUUUGUUUGGGACUCUUUCUUGCAACUUGUGAAGCAUCUCCAUCAAAUGAAGUUUAUGCGCUUAAUGCCUUCAAAGAAGCUAUAUAUGAGGACCCGCUUCUGGCUAUGUCGAAUUGGAAUGUUCUAGAUGCAGAUCCAUGUGAUUGGAAUGGCAUUUCCUGUUCUAUAGCUCGAAAUCAUGUCUUGAAGUUAAACAUUUCUGGUUCAGCACUAAGGGGUUUUCUUGCUCCAGAAUUGGGUCUACUCUCUGCCUUGCAAGAAUUAAUUUUGCAUGGAAACAAUCUGAUUGGUGCAAUACCCAAAGAAUUUGGCAAGUUGAACUACCUACAGGUCUUGGAUUUGGGAAUGAAUCAGCUAGUCGGUCCGAUUCCCCCUGAGCUUGGAAAUUGUACCAGUCUUAUGACAUUAAAUCUUGAGUCGAAUGUGUUGACAGGAGAGCUGCCUCCCGAGCUCGGCAAUUUGAAUUAUCUUGACGAACUUAGGCUGGAUAGGAAUAAGCUUCAAGGAGCCAUACCUGGAAAUAACAAUUCCGCUUCUAAUUCCAGCAUUUACGGGAUGUCUGCCUCAAGUUGGGAGCCUACUGGCUUUUGUCGUUCAAGUCAGUUAAUGUUUGCUAAUUUCUCGUACAACUUCUUUGUUGGGAGCAUACCCAAGUGCCUGGAAAACAUUUCAGGGUUAAGCUUUCAAGGGAACUGUUUAGAUGACAAAGAUCCCACACAACGCCCUACUGCAAAAUGUGCUUAUGCACAACUUACCAAAACCCAUUCAGGUGUAAACCCUGACCACCGGCCUGCUCAAAAUGGAAACAAGCAUGAGGCAGCUUCAAGGCCCGCCUGGCUUUUAGCUUUGGAAAUAGUGACUGGAACCAUGGUGGGAGCUCUCUUCCUCGUUGCUCUCCUCACCGCUGUCCGGAGAUGCAAAAGCAAACCAUCUAUCCUUAUCCCUUGGAAGAAAUCUGCAAGCAGCAAGGACCAUGUGACGAUAUACAUUGAUUCAGAGAUGUUGAAGGAUGUGGUGAGAUUUAACAGACAAGAACUUGAAGUAGCGUGUGAAGAUUUCAGCAAUAUUAUUGGGUCCUCUCCAGACAGUCUAGUCUAUAAAGGCACCUUGAAAGAAGGGCCCGAGAUCGCUGUAAUAUCCCUUGGCAUUAAAGAAGAGCAUUGGACGGGAUAUCUUGAGCUUUAUUUUCAGAGGGAGGUGGCUGAUUUGUCAAGAUUAGACCAUGAGAAUGCAGGAAAAUUACUGGGUUAUUGCAGAGAGAGUAAUCCAUUUACAAGGAUGUUGGUUUUUGAGUAUGCGUCAAACGGGACACUGUAUGAGCACCUCCAUUAUGGAGAAGGAUGCCAAUUAUCUUGGACGCGCCGUAUGAAAAUUGUUAUUGGCAUUGCCCAGGGACUUAGAUAUUUUCACACAGAACUUGACCCACCUUUUACUAUAUCCGCGUUGAAUUCUAGUGCUGUUUAUCUUACGGAUGAAUUUUCUCCCAAGCUGGUUGAUUUUGAAAGUUGGAAGUCGAUUCAUUCAAGAUCAGAGAAGAACGCAGGCUCUAUCGGCAAUCAAGGUGCUGUAUGUGUUCUUCCAAAUUCAUUAGAAGAACGCCAUCUUGAUGUCCAAGGAAACAUUUACGGAUUUGGUGUACUUCUACUGGAAAUUGUCAGUGGGAGACCUUCUUACUGCAAGGACAAAGGUUGCUUGGUGGACUGGGCCAAGGAUUUUCUUGAAAUACCGGAAGUGAUGUCUUAUGUGGUGGAUCCGGAGUUGAAGCAUUUCAAAUACGAUGAGCUUCAAACGAUAUGUGAGGCUGUGAUCCUUUGCAUCAAUCCCAAUCCUUCCAAACGGGCAUCCAUGGCAGAACUGUGCACUAUGUUGGAGAGCAGAAUUGACACGUCCGUAUCGGCUGAGCUCAAGGCGUCUUCUUUGGCGUGGGCAGAGCUUGCACUUUCAUCAUCUAACUGAGUUGAUGCUAACACACUGUAUAUCCGAAAUACGAAAGGAGUAAUUCUUCCUUGUUUUCAAUUUUUUUUUUCUUUCACUUAUCUUUUUCUUGUAAACGUUCCCAUGCUUUAUAAGAAACAUGAUAUAAGAGUUUCUUGCAUGGGAAAACCUCAUCUCUUUGUAUACGAUUGGUUGAUUAGUGGAUUGAUGGAACUACUAAAUAGUGAAGGUUCAUGUUGCCCAUUACUUAAUACU